GUUGCCUGACAUAAAUAGUUUGGUCACUAAGUCGAGCCACUAUAAAAGUUUAAAACUGGUUAAGUUAUAGGAUACAAAAUAUAGUUUUGCUCACAAAAGCUUAGAAAUGUGGAGCUUGCAAACAACAGUGAUCCUAACAUGCGUUUCAUUUUGUAUUACACAAACACCAGUUUAUGUGGACACAAAGGUCGGAAGAAUUAUGGGAUUUCAAGAACAUAUUACUCUUGACAGAGAACAGAAAUCAAUUUCUAAAUUUCUUGGUAUUCCAUUUGCCGAAUCGACAGGAGGACAAAACAGGUUUAGAAAACCGGUUCCAAAAGCUCCAUUUAAUGGAACGUUUGACGCAAGUAAAGAUGCAGUGGCUUGUUACCAGCAAUCUGAGCAAAUGAAUGCUCAAUACAAAAGUUACGGCGUAUCCGGAUUUUCCGAAGAUUGUCUGACACUGAACAUUUAUGUUCCAAAUGAGCUUCGAGCCAACGACUUACGACCAGUUAUGAUUUGGGUGUAUGGUGGGGGUUUUGUCCAAGGUGCAUCAACAGCAUACAAACCUGAAGCGUUAGCCUUAUUUGGAAACGUCAUAGUUGUAACCAUUAACUACCGUAUAGGUAUGCUUGGAUUUUUACGAGACCCAAACGGUGUAUUCCCAGGAAACCAAGGUCUCUGGGACCAACAACUUGCUUUUAAAUGGGUUCAUGAUCAUAUCGAUAGUUUCUUUGGUUAUAAGGAUGAAAUCACAAUAUUUGGUCAAUCCGCCGGCGCGGGUUCCGUUAUGUUGCAAGCUUUAUAUCCGGGAAACGAGGGCUUAUUUAAAAGGGUUAUCGCAGAGAGUGGUUCUGCACUAGCUCCUUGGUCAAUAUAUAAAGCAUCAAUUUACGAUGGAUAUAUACGUGAGCAAGGUUGUGAUCCUACUUCGAAGACAUUGGUUACUUGUCUACAAUCAAGGACUCUGAUAUCAUUACAAUCUAAUAUGACAAGCAUUGGCCCGGUUGUAGACGGCGACUUAUUAGUUGCAUCUCCCAUUGAGAUAAUGACCGGAACCUCUACAAAAACUGCUAGAGCCAGAAACUUCUUCGCUUCUUUGGACAUAAUUAUUGGCUGUAAUGAUAAGGAAGGCGCCGGAUAUUUCUUUUUGUAUCAAUACGCACUUAAUCACUCUAAUCUUAACUUCAAUAUCUCGCUUGACGAAUUUAGAAAUACUGUGGUUCCAAUUAAUAUUGAUCAGACAUUUUCCAAAGAAGACAACGACACAAAGGUCGCAUUAAAAAAGCUUUUGACAUUUUCAUACACUGACUGGAAUGACCCGAAUAAUUAUGUCAGUUUACGACAGAAUGCAAUGGAUAUACCUUCCGACGCUAUAAUGUUUUCACCAGCGUCCAUAACAGUACAAGCGCAUGCCAGAUUAAAUGUAGGAAAGGUGUACUUGUACGAGUUCGCAGUGCAGACAAAAACACAUUAUGUACCCGUAUCUUCAUGGUUGAAAGGAUCUAACCAUGGGGACGAUCUACAGUUUGUAUUCGGAUUACCAUUGCGUGAAAAUAUAUCUAUGAUUGGUAUCAGCGAUUAUAACUUUAGUCCGGAGCAAAAGCAAGUCGCCCGAGCUAUGAUGGCUAUGUGGUCAAACUUUGCUAGAUCAGGAAACCCAAAUUUACCCAUGGAUAUCACGAAGUUCACGAACACCACGUGGCCAGCGUAUGAUAUGACGUCACAACGAUAUUUCCGGAUAUCCGAUCAGAUGUCUCCUGCAUCAAUCAUAGAGAAAUUCUACCCGAGGAGAAUGGCAUUAUGGUCUGACCUAAUUCCAGAAAUAAGAAGACAACAUUGUCCUAUUAAAAAUCAACCAGACAUUUUCCAUUUUGAUCCAUCUACAGAGUUAGUCGGAUAAAAGGCUAAUGCACAAAACCCAUAAAUAGAUUACUAC